AUGAAAGGAGGAUGCCCUCUACCCAAAGGAGGACCUCCCCUACCCAUUGGGGGACCCCCACGUCCCAUUGGGGGACCGCCACGCCUCAUCGAGGGACCCCCACGCCCCAUCGGGAGACCCCCGCGCCCCACGGGAGGACCCCCACGCCCCAUUGGCAGAGGUGGUCUUCCACGCAUUAUUGGGGCCGUCAAACCGCUGAGGGGCGUCAAACCGCUGAGGGCCGUCAAACCGCUGAGGGCUGUCAAACCGCUGAGGGCCGUCAAACCUUCGAGGGCCGUCAAAUCGCUGCCGUGGUUGGCCAAAACGCUGGGGCGCUUCAAAGCGCUGUCGCGGCCCAUCAAAGCGUUGCCGUGGCCCAUCGAAAUGUGGAGGCCCAUCGAACCGUUGCCGUGGCCCAUCGAACCUUUGCCGAGGCCCAUCGAACCUUUGCCGAGGCCCAUCGAAGCGCUGUGGUCCCUCGAAGCGCUGUGGCCCCUCGAAGCGCUGAGGCCCAUCGAAGCGCUGAGGCCCAUCAAAGCGCUGAGGCCCAUCAAAGCGCUGAGGCCCAUCAAAGCGCUGAGGCCCAUCAAAGCGCUGAGGCCCAUCAAAGCGCGGAGGCCCAUCAAAGCGCGGAGGCCCAUCAAAGCGCGGAGGCCCAUCAAAGCGCUGAGGCCCAUCAAAGCGCUGAGGCCCAUCAAAGCGCUGAGGCCCAUCAAAGCGCUGAGGCCCAUCAAAGCGCUGAGGCCCAUCAAAGCGAUUUCGUGGGCCAUCAAAACCGCCCAAUCUUGA